AUGGAUCCAAUCCCUACUCCUAGUAACCUCGAUGAGGUCGAACACCUGGUCAAUAGACUCUAUGAGCAAAAUGCAUCCUCGACGAUAGCUCAAAUCCAAGAGGUCCUGCAAAAACUCCAAAAAUCACCCGAAGGCUGGCAAAUUGCUGAAGGUUUACUUUCCCGUCAAGCCGACAAUGUCAGGUUUUUUGGUGCCUUGACCUUCAUAGUCAAGUUGAAUACCGAUACACUCGAGGACGAAGAUGCCCGUUCAGCCCUGAUUAAGCUCAUCGACUGGCUACUGAAAUGUUUGGAGGUCGGCGCUGGAGCCAUUGUUAUCAGAAAGCUCUGUUCGGCCCUCGUCACCCACUUUAUCCAUUUUUCCCAUGUAUGGCCCUUGUGUCUACGUCACGUACUGCUCUGCCUACAGAACAACCAAAGUGAUUUCGCCCGACUCCAAGGCCCCGUUCAAGAUGCGGUUGCGAGGUUGACACCACAGAAGUCUGUGGCGCUUGUUUGGUUUGCCACAGCGCUGGCAGAGGAGGCGGAAAAGACUGAUCCCAAGUCUACCAAAUACAUCAGCCUGCAUGAGCGAAUGCUGAGAAAUGCAGGAGAUCUCUCAUCACUGCUGACGUGCCUGGUUGUUGGUCAGUCUGAUACCCAGACCAAACAAGAGUCUAUACGCUGCUUCCAAGCAUGGCUACUGUACGCUCAGCGAGUCCCCAAUGAGGAAAUGACAUCAAAUCUGCGGCCAAUGCUUCAGCCCACGAUCAAGUGUAUUGUAGACACUGAUUUGUACGAACCGGCCAUCGAGGUGCUCACAGACACCCUUGGGAACUGGCAGACCUUCUGCAAGCAAGAUGAUUACGACUUAUUGUAUUCCCUGUUCGAGAGUUCAUGGUCGCAGGAGAAGUACCAGAACUUGCUCCAAGGUGACUUUGAUUUCGACUCUGUCCAAUUCGGUCUGCUCAUGGUCGCCUUUGGUGAUGCUCAAAUCACCGAGCUUAUGGACAAGUCCAACCCAAGAUCACAGCAGUAUCUAGCCGCGAUCGUAGGCUUGCUCACGGCAGAUGGCCACCCUGUUGCCGAGGACAAAAUAUUUGUACCGGCGCUCGAGUUUUGGUCCCAGUUUGUCGAGAAUAUGGUGGAUAAUAUGUACUCAGAGCCGCAAGAAAGCGUAGAUUGGAAUGUUCCUCCCCUGUCGUACUUGACACAGGUCGUAUCCCAUUGCUGGAAGAAGAUACAAUAUCCGGCCCUGGAUGUGUACAAUUCAUGGGACUCCACGGAGCGUGUUGGGUUUGGUGACGCCCGUAAGGACGUAUCUGACCUUCUGCAGUCUGUCUUCACCAUUUCCGGACAACCACUCAUAUCCUUAUUUGUGGACUUGACAUUGCAGGGAGUUUCUGCAACCGCAUGGGCUGAACUUGAAGCUGCUGCCUUCUGUCUAGGCUCUCUUUCCGAUUGCGUCUCAGAUUCUACCAGCUGUGAUGAAAUUCUAAGCAAGGUGUUUGGCUCUCAGCUUUUUGAUCUCCUCCGCCAAGGCCAUUCCGUGGUGCCCGUGAGAGCCAGACAAACCUGCCUGUCUUUGAUUGAAAGAUAUUCGGACUACUUUGCACGCCACUCCGAGUACCUCCCGGCUGCGCUGAACCUCUUGUUCAGUGCCGUGGGUGAUCUACCAUUGGCAGGUCCCUCAUCCAAAUCCAUAUAUAAGCUGUGCUCAUCCUGCCGAUCAGUGCUCACGUCCGAAGUUGAUGCUUUCCUUGGCCAAUAUGAAUCUCUCAGAAACAGUCAGACCUUGGAUUCAUUGGCGGAAGAGCGAAUCGUUGGGGCUAUUGCAUCAAUCAUUCAAGCUUUACCUGAGGAUGGAUCCCGAGCACACGCUUUUAGCCGGCUCCUCGUGCUUGUUGCUGUGGAUGUAGAGAAGGCUUUGCAACUCAAAAGCUACAAUGCAGAGCUGGACCCGAAUGACCCGGCGGUCGCUCGAGCAUUCGAUGCGGCUCAACGCCCAGCAGCUCCCGUUACGGCAUAUGAAGUCGCGCUGCAAAUCGCCAUCAGAGCACUUCGAUGCCUUUUGGGGAGCGCUAAAGGCCUUCAAUCUCCAACAGAAUCAUAUGUCGAUCUUGAUGACGAGCAAACUUCAUCUUUGCCUUCUUCCUCUUCGCCAGAACUUGCGCAGAUACAGCAGGAUAUUAUUGGAAUCUUGGCCCGUCUUAAGGACGAGUUCGGCAAUAGCACCGAAGUCUUAGACGUAAUCUGUUCGAUUCUGAAGGCGGGGUUCUCAGAAACGGAUGCCGGACCUUUCGUAUUUCCGCCACAGACCGUAGUGGAGUUCAUCACAAGUUCAUGGAAUCACCGCGUGGCCUCCGCUAUUAGUACAGCCUGUGUCUUUGUAACAUCUCUUUCCAAUGGGUCCAGCAAGUCACAGGUUCCGCAGAUCAUUGCUCACUUGCUCCCGUGGGUUGUUGGACUCUUGUAUCAGCUUCAAGAACCUGAAAACGAGCCCGAAUUAGCUCAGUAUGGUAUAGAGUUUUCCCAGAAAGCAAUGACCAAAGCACCGGAUGUCUUUCUCCAGCUCCAACCUACAAGCUUACUGGAGUAUUUGUUCAUGUUCGCAAUUAAAUUACUAAAUGGGAACGAACCUCUACCGAAGGCCGCAGCGGCAGAAUUUUGGACCACAUUUAUUACACUCAAGUCGCCCACCGAGGAUACGCAAGCAGGAAUCAACAGUGCCAUUGUACAUCUGGGGCCUAUCCUGGCGCAUACGCUCAUUCAGAACAUUGGAGGCAAAGCCGCUCGGAGUGAACUCGAUAAGCUUAGCGAUCCACUCAAGAAACUCGUCGUCCAACAUGCGCAUGCCAAGCAAUGGUUAGAGACUGCCCUAAACGAUGCCUCGUUCCCUAGUGAUAAGGUUUCACAUGAUGAGAAAGCUCUGUUCUUGAAGAAAGUCAUUAGUCUGAGAGGAGGCCGGGCGACGAACCAAGUUGUCCGAGAGUUUUGGCUCGCUUGUCGAGGAUCGAACUUCGCAUAUACAUCUUGA